AUGGUCGCCAAAACCAGCCAGCGUGCAAUCGUCGCGCAAGGGUCCGGGUGGGCCAAGCUCGUCGACGACCGCCCCAUCCCCAAGCUCCGCGACGGCUACAUGCUCGUCAAGACCAAGGCUGUGGCGCUAAACCCGACUGACUGGAAGCACAUCAAGUCGCUCGUCGCCGAGGCGGGCCCCGUGGUCGGCUGCGACUACGCCGGCGUCGUCGAGGAGGUCGGCCCCAAGGUCACAAAGGGCUUCAAGCCGGGCGACCGCGUCUGCGGCGUGGUGCACGGGUCCAACGACGUGCAACCCGAGGACGGCGCCUUUGCCGAGUACAUUGUAGUCAAGGCAGACGUGCAGAUCAAGGUGCCCGCCGCCAUGGACAUCAACGAGGCCGCCACCCUCGGCGUCGGCAUCACCACCGUCGGCCAGGGCCUGUACCAGACGCUGGGCCUAGCGUUGCCGACAGCGCCCAUCCAUAAGCCCGUGCACGUCUUGAUCUACGGCGGAAGCACGGCCACUGGCACGCUCGGUAUCCAGUUUGCCAAGCUGUCGGGCUACACCGUCGUCACAACCUGCUCGUCGCACAACAUGGACCAGGUCAAGGCCCUCGGGGCCGACGCGGCAUUCGACUACAACGACGCCGAUUGCGCAAACAAGAUACGCGCAUACACCGGCGACAAGCUGACCCUUGCGUGGGACACCAUCUCCGUCCCUGCCUCGGCCCAGAUCUGUGCCGACUCGCUUGCAUCGUCCGAGCCCGGCCUAAAGUACGCGUCCCUCCUCCCCGGCAAGUUCCCGCGCAGCGGCGUCGAGGUUUCGUCUACCUUGGCGUACACCGCCCUGGGCGAGGACUUUAAGUUUGGCAACCUGCAGAUGGCGGCCAAGCCGGAGGACUUGAAGUUUGCCGCAAGGUUUUGGGAUAUUACUCGAGAGCUGCUCGAGAAGAAGAAGCUCAAUGUCCGCCCACCGCAUGUCGAACCCGGGCUGGACAAGGUGUUGGACGGCCUAAAGGCCCUGGAGGAGAAUAAAGAACCACCCAUCACCGUCCCCCGCUCCCGCGAGAAGUGGCGCGACAACUACGCCGCUAUGCGCCUUCACGCCAUGGGCGCGCUUCCCUGGCCGCUGCAGGUCUUCGGCUGGUUCGCGUAUCGGGCCGUCGAGAGGGGGAUCUACGGGAAGGGCCCGGGUCGCUUGGAAGACGACGAGGUGCUCGAGCUCAAGACGGAGGUGUGGGAGAGCGACGACGCCCUGCUGGCUGAGUCGAAGCGCUCGGCCGACGGAGCCGGCGAGCCGUUCUGGGUCCUCGGCGGCCCGGAGCCGACAGACGCGCAUGCCGCCGUGUACGGCUUUGUCGUGAGCGCCCUGGUGUGCGGCGCGGACGUCGCAAGGUGA